AUGACUAAAAAGAACAACGGUCACUAUCGUCUUAAGGUAACAACGGCAUGCCAAAAUUGUCAAAGACGAAAGAUUAAGUGUUCAGGUGAAAUUCCCUGUACAUACUGUCUAAAGGUUGAACGACCGUGUGAGCCUGGUAAACCAGGUAAAAAGAGAGGUCCACCUCCCGGAACAGAAGUAUUAAGAAGUCGUUCUAACCGCAUGGAAACCGUAUAUUAUAGUGCCAUUAAAGACCCUCAAUUAAAAGAACAGCUACGACACCUUUAUGACGGGAUUCCUGGAGCAAGGUUUUCUUCAUAUUCACAUUCUAAUGUGGAACUUACGUCAAUUAACGGAAACUUACCUAAUGCUGCUGCAAUUUCUUCAAGUACGACGUUUUCUCCUAUUGUCGAACCCCAGAAUGAUUCUACCAAUGUUAUGGUUUCUUCCGAUGCUGGUCUUUCGAAAACUACCACGACAACACCUUCUAUUCCCAACGUUGACUCUUCCAAUCCCACUGAAGUUCCUUCCAACCCCGAUGAGGUUUCUUCUGAUUCCGCUGAUGUUCCUCAUCAGCCCACAAAGUUUCUUCUUACACCCACUGAUUGUUCGGUAUCUUCUAAUCCCUCUGGGAGUUCUUCUGAUGUGACUGAAGUUCCCUCUAUCCCGGUUGAAGUUUCCUCGCUACCCGAUGAAGUAUCCUCUAAUCAUGUCAAAGGUUCUUCGGGAACCGCUCAAGUCUCCUCUAGCACCGUUGAAAUCUCUAACACCAUUGAAUUACCUCUAAUCCGCCAAAAGUUUCAUUAA